AUGGCUAAUAACACCGUGAGCUACAAUUGUACUGGUCCUAUCUCGUCUCCUCUUUACGGAACAAAGAGCGAUCCAGCGGAGUCACUACCAGUCGAAGUAGUAAAACUAACUCUCUAUGCAACAUGUGCUUCGUUUGGUGUUAUUGGCAACAUUCUGGUCACCAUUAUUUUGAAUAGGAUUAAGGUGAAAGAAACACGUGUAAUGGAUUUCUAUAUGAUCAACUUGGCCAUUGCAGAUUUAGGAACUUUACUGUUGGCGUUGCCAUUUACCGCAACGCGUGAAAGACUUCCUAAUGACUGGCCAUUUGGAGAGAUCGUUUGCCUGUAUUUUCUUCCAGUUGUCGAAAUAUUUCAUGGAUCAUCUGUGUGGUUCAUAACAGCGGCUGGCAUAGAACGUUAUCAGAAAAUCGGUAGGCCAUCAAAAGUAAACCCCAGACUUCGGGCUUCACUGAAGAAAGCAAAGAUGGUUGCUGCGUGUAUUUGGAUGGCUUCAUUUUUCUUGUUUUCAUUCCCAUUGUAUUUCGUUGUUCGCUAUAGAGAGACAUCAAACGACGGAACCAUUUGGUGCGGUGCAGAAUGGCCUUUGUGGGGUAAAGGCUUUGUGUUACCUCAGGUCUACAACAUGUUAAUUGUUCUGCUUUCUUACAUAAUUCCACUUAUUGUUAUACUAGGAACGUUCCUUGCAGUGUCACGAACGUUAGAUGAAAGUAGCAAGUUCAUCAAGGUCAUGAAACAAGGAAAAGAGAAUAUUACAUUGGUUAUGAAUCUUUGUGAUAAAGACGACUGCUCACCCAGGCAUAGUCUCCGCGUCGCUCAAAACAAACGCGCCAAAGCGAUUUUAACACCAGUUGUUGUAGUUUUUUCAGUUUUCAUGCUGCCUCUGGCAAUGUUUCGACUUUGCAUUGUAUUUUGGCCGCCUAUUAUUGAGGAAACAUUUUAUGAAAACUUACUGUUUGUGGUCUCAGUGGGCGUCAUUAUCAACUCGUCCGCAAAUCCAUUGAUUUAUUCAGUUGUUAAGAAGGACUUUCGGCGUGAAUUGAAACGGAUUUUUCGGUACAGUAGGACUUGA